AUGGAUGUUGAGCUCUAUGUUUAUGACCUUUCCAAGGGUCUUGCGCGUAUGUACUCUGUGGCCCUGACAGGGACCCAGAUGGAUGCGAUCUACCAUACAUCCAUUGUGGUUGGUGGUAUGGAGUAUUAUUUUGGUCAAGGGAUCCAGACCGCCCUUCCUGGAAGCACCCACCAUGGACAGCCCAUGGAGAGGAUACAUCUCGGGUCCACAGAGCUCCCAACUGAUGUGAUAGAAGAGUAUCUUGGCUCCCUAGCCGAAAUUUACACUCCAGAGUCCUAUGAUCUAUUUCUUCACAACUGCAACAACUUUACCCAGGAUUUUGCCAUGUUCCUCGUGGGUAAAAGUAUUCCGGAGAAGAUUCGGAACCUGCCUAGCACUUUCUUGGAAACCCCAUUUGGGCAGAUGAUGAAGCCUCAGAUCGAGGCCGCAUUGAAAGGCGUUACCCAGGGCGGCGGUGCAGCCCCAAUUCCCGGGCCAAGCGCUGCACCGCCGGUUUCUCGACCUGCACCUGUAUCUCACGCGCCAUUUGGGAAGGUUCGCAUUGUCAGUAAUCUCGGCCAACUCGAGGGCGAGUUAGCGGCGGCGUCAAACUCCUGCGCAGUUAUCUUCUUCACCUCGUCCACGUGUCCGCCUUGCAAGAUGGUCUACCCGACGUACGAUGAGCUUGCAGAAGAGGCCGGUGAUAAGGCCAGGCUUAUCAAGGUCGACAUCGGGUCGGCUUAUGAUGUGAGCAUGAAGUACGGCGUGCGUGCAACGCCCACAUUCAUGACCUUUCUGAAAGGCCAGAAGCUCGAUGAGUGGUCCGGAGCCAACCCAGCAAAACUUCAAGGAAACGUGCGGAUGCUCUUCCAAAUGGCCAACCCAACCCACCCUCACAGACAGCUCCGAGUACCCAGUUUCGAACGACAAAUCAGCAAUUUCGUCAUGUACAAAAAGGUUCCACCACUAGACAGACUUGUGCAAAAGCUACCGGUGGAAUUUAAAGAUGCCGCAGGCAUUGCACCAGUCAUAGACUUCGUCAAGACCCGCCAUUCUUCGGAUAACAAAGCUCCUGCAGCAGAUACUAGAGUCCCAGACCUCCACGCCUUUGCUACCGCUUUGCAGUCGACAUACCCGAAGCUCCCAACUGACUGUCACUUUGCUGUCGUGGAUCUCGUCCGUCUCUUAUUCCUUGACCCACGCGUGAGUGGCUUUUUCGCCGAGGAGUCUCAGCACGCCACCCUACUUACUCUCCUCUCACCACUCACGGGUGAAGAGCUAUCAUCAUCUCCUUAUAAUCUCCGCAUUGUCGCCCUGCAGCUAGCCUGCAAUCUCUUCAGCACCGCUCUAUACCCCUACCAGCUCGCCUCAACUUCCUCACCCUUACGAGAAACCUGCCUUGCACUCGCCACCAAUUCUCUCCUAGACUUACAUGCAAACCUUCGUGUUGUAGCAGCCUCUUUUGCAUACAAUCUUGCUGCCUUCAACCACAAUGCCCGAUUUGAUGGCAAAGCAGACCCACUUCCUGAAGCUGAUCAGGUCGAAUUGCUCGCCUCUUUGUUGGAAGCUACUUCGCGCGAGGACCAAAGCCCGGAAGCUUUGCAUGGUCUGUUGUUUGCGCUUGGGCUGUUUGUUUAUGAGGCUGAUAUGGAUGGGGAGGUGAUUGAUCUUUGCCGAGCUAUGGGUGUUAAAGAAACUAUCGCUGCAAAGUCUAAGAUUGCGGCUUUACAGAAGGAACCUCUGCUUAAAGAGGUUGGGGAAGAGCUCUUUGGGAAAGGACUGUAG